GUCAAACAAAAAAGUCACCUCUCUCUCUCAGGCUAACUAAAGACUAGCAAAAAAUAGCAAGAAAUUCUUCUUUUAGGUUUCCAUCUUUAAGUGGAGAAAUUCUUCUUUUAGGUUCCCAUCUUUAAGUGGAAGGAGAUAAUUGGAAUUUGAAGAAACUAGCUAAAUAAGAUGGGGAGAGGAAAGAUUGUGAUUCAAAGGAUCGAUAACUCAACCAGUAGGCAAGUGACUUUCUCCAAACGAAGGAAUGGAUUAUUAAAGAAAGCCAAAGAGCUUUCUAUUCUUUGUGAAGCCGAAGUUGGUCUUAUGAUCUUUUCUAGCACUGGCAAGCUCUAUGAGUUCUCAAAUCCCAACAUGAAAUCUAUAAUCGGGCGAUACAACAAGUCGAAGGAGGAACAACACCAUCCGUUGAUGAACGCAAAUUCAGACGCCAAGUUCUGGAAAACGGAGGCAGCAUCCUUGAGGCAUCAAUUACAAAACCUGCAAGAGAACCAUCGGCAAUUGAUGGGUCAAGAGCUUUCCGGUUUGAGCGCUAAAGAGCUACAAAAUUUGGAAAAUCAAUUGGAAAUGAGUUUGCGUGGUGUCCGUAUGCAAAAGGACCAAAAGCUAACCGAUGAGAUACAAGAGCUAAACCGAAAGGGAAACCUCCUUCAUCAAGAAAACAUGGAACUAUUCAAGAAGGAACACCAUAUACGUCAAGAACACGUGGACUUGUUAAAGAAGAUAAAUGAAGCGAAAGAUGCAAAUGAGACAAAUAGGAUUUCUCAUUCUCCAAAUGGCUUUAAUCCUGAAGAGGAUGAAUUUAUCAAACUCCAAUUAAGCCAACCACAACAACAAAACUACGUCACACCAGAAAACCCUACAACCCCAAGCUGACAUCAACUGCAACGAUGACUGGGAGUUAUGAGCAAUCAGAAUAAAGUGUAGCCUGAAGAUAAGUUUUGUUAUUUAUUAACUUUGCAGUCUGCAUAGUUUGAUGGACGCUGGCCCGAUCUUGCAGCCAUAUCUUCUAAAACCCUUCAUUAAAUUGUCUGCCGAUUUGUAAGUGAGGCGUGGUUUCGAUAUAUUGUAAGUGAGGCGUGGUUUCGAUAUAUAUAGUUAUAACGAGUUGAAAGUAGAGUACCUUUAACUAUAAAAUGACUAUCCAUUCCAUGUACAGAGUUUAAAUGUAUGUGUAUUGUGCUUGUAUA